AUGCCUAAAAAGUUUAAAGGGGAAAAUUCCAAGGCAGUUAGUGCCAAGGAACGUAAGGCAACCAAAGCUGCUGCAGUCAAAGAACAGAUGGUGAAAGCUGCAGAAGAUGCCAUGUGGCAAGAUGAUGAUAAGAAUGUGGCCAAGAAAAAUCAAAGAAAGGAAGAGCGGGAAAAGAAGCGUCUGGAGGAGCUACAGCGCAAGCAAGAGAUUAGACUGCUGGCGGAGCAGGAGGCUGCGUCAGUUGGGGGUGUUGCUGGCAAACCUCCACCACCUGCCAAAGUCACCAGGUUCCAAGUGCAGCAGCAGAAGCAGCAAUCAGAAGCAGCGGCUGCAGCAACAGCAGCUAAGGAAGCAGCCGCAGCACGAGCUUCUGCGGCGCUGCUUGUGGAGAACACAAAUAAACUGGACGACGUCGUGUCUGCAUCAGGUGUUGAUGAGGCCAUCAAGGUCCUCAGGUGUGUUGGUGAGGCCAUCAAGGUCCUCAGGUGUGUUGAUGAGGCCAUCAAGGUCCUCAGGUGUGUUGCUGAGGCCAUCAAGGUCCUC